GCUGCAAGUUUGCUCGGCGGUCUCGGGCGACUCUCGGGCGCUACCUGAACCGGCCACCACGUCAGCGCCACAUCAUCUGGGUUUUUUCUAUUUGCAAGGAAACAGGAAAAGAAGGGCGAAGAAGCUCUCCGGAGCGGGCGGGCCGGUCUGCGGCGCGGGCCUCGCUGCCGGGCGGCGGAGAAGAUGCUGCAGUCCCUGGCCGGCAGCUCGUGCGUGCGCCUGGUGGAGCGGCACCGCUCGGCCUGGUGCUUCGGCUUCCUGGUGCUCGGCUACCUGCUCUACCUGGUCUUCGGCGCCGUGGUCUUCUCGUCGGUGGAGCUGCCCUACGAGGACCUGCUGCGCCAGGAGCUGCGCAAGCUGAAGCGGCGCUUUCUGGAGGAGCACGAAUGCCUGUCGGAGCCGCAGCUCGAGCAGUUCCUGGGCCGGGUGCUGGAGGCCAGCAACUACGGCGUGUCGGUACUCAGCAACGCCUCGGGCAACUGGAACUGGGACUUCACCUCCGCGCUCUUCUUCGCCAGCACCGUGCUCUCCACCACAGGUUACGGCCACACCGUGCCCCUGUCCGACGGGGGCAAGGCCUUCUGCAUCAUCUACUCCGUCAUCGGCAUCCCUUUCACCCUCCUGUUCCUGACGGCAGUGGUCCAGCGUGUCACCAUCCAUGUCACCCGCAGGCCAGUCCUCUACUUCCACAUCCGCUGGGGCUUCUCCAAGCAGGCGGUGGCCAUGGUCCACGCUUUCCUUCUCGGUGUGGUCACUGUGUCCUGCUUCUUCUUCAUUCCGGCGGCGGUGUUCUCCCUCCUAGAGGAUGACUGGAACUUCCUGGAAUCCUUUUACUUUUGCUUCAUUUCCCUGAGCACCAUUGGCCUCGGGGAUUAUGUUCCCGGAGAGGGCUAUAAUCAAAAAUUCAGGGAGCUCUACAAGAUUGGGAUCACGUGUUACCUGCUUCUUGGUCUUAUUGCCAUGUUGGUGGUUCUGGAAACCUUCUGUGAGCUCCACGAGCUGAAGAAGUUCAGAAAAAUGUUCUACGUGAAGAAAGACAAGGAAGAGGAUCAAGUGCACAUCAUAGAACACGACCAGAUGUCCUUCUCCUCCAUCACGGACCAAGCGGCCAGCGUGAAGGAGGACCAGAAGCAGAAUGAGCCUUUUGUGCCCCCCCGGUCACCGGCCUUUGCCGACGGUGCCGCGAACCAGUAGGCUUAGGGCUUCGCUGCGCUGUCCCAGAGCGCAGGCUCAGGGCAGUGGGCAGAGGCUUCACUUUGUUCAUUUUGAUGAGUAUGUAAAAGCCAAGGUGACAUUUUAACAAAUAUCUACUGUCUGCAAUAUUUUUUGUA